UGAAUAAUUGUGAUCUCCAUAUAAGCCAGAAGAUUUUUGUCUCAAGGCACCUUAUGUCCUGGCAUUUGGCUUCAUCCUCAAACCUCUGAGGACAAGUUUGAGCAUCUUUCUUUUAAAAGUAGUAGUAGAUAAAACCCUGCACGUCUCGUACAGCGACACACCCAACGUUGGCAGAACCUGCGGAACUUUCUUCGGCCAGAGGAACCAGAUUAGCGAGCCGAUUUGCAAAUAAUCAAGAAGCUUUGAUAUAAACAGGAUCCGUUCCAGUUGCCGGUGUUGUGCUUGGCAACAGGGUUACGAUGAAUCCUGCCAAAAUGUGUCUUCAAUCAAUUUGUCUUAAGUCUCUCUUGAACCUGACUUAACCUCAAACCCAUCUGUUAAUGCGUGUCGCCGUGAGUUUGACUUUAUCACUUGGAGUUACUUUAUUAAUGAUAACUAAUGUUUUCUUGGUCAGUGUUUGAAGUAGCUCCAUUGAAUAUUUCUUAUUAUGUAUUGUAUUUUUAAUUUAUUUUACUCUUGAACAUUGAACUGCACGUCUGCGUCUAAAAUGAAGUUUUAGUUUUAAGUCAUUGUCUGGAUCAUUAGCUCUGAUCUGUUGCAGGAUUUCCCGUCAUUCGAUGCGAGUUAUUCUUUCACUUUCUUUUUCUCUGUUUCUGUUAAAUAUAACGAAACCUUAUCUAUUAUGUCUCCCACUGUUUCUUCCGUUCACUCCCUCCCCCUCUCUUUUAUCUCUUCACCAGGAGCGGUGUUUGCUGGACACUGUGCUGCAGGCUGAUACUCAGACGGCUCUGCUGGCCACAGAUGUGUGGUGCUUUACAGCACGGUACGGGACAGCAGAACUGUGCCUACAUCAUGUCCUCCUUGUUGCUCAGCUGGUGAAAGCCUACACCACUGAGUGUUACCAGGCAGUCCACCUGGGCCUGCUGCUCAAACGCAUGGUUUUCCUCAUGACGCCGAACCACCAGAUGGAGCUGGUGGAGCGUUUCCCCCCCUCCGAAGUGGGAAACCUUCCAGUGUGGCGACACGUCCUCCUCAGAGCUCUUUCCCGUGAUGCCCGUCACCGCGUAGAGACCGACGUCAUAGGUCUUUCUCAAAACGCUCUGACCGACUGGCAGAAUGGAGGAUACAAACUAGGAGAGGUGGACCAAGUGAACACGGUGCUGUUAUCCCUCCUAGCGGUGGUUCGGGUGCAGUCAUCUCCUGAGGAGCACUGUGUGUCUGCAGUGAGGAUAAUCACACAGCUGUGGUCACGAAUGAGUCCCGACCAGGUGCAGACCCACCCUGUGCUCCAGUGUACUCUGCAGCUGCUCCUGUCAAUAUCUGCAAUGUUAGUGAAAAACACCGAACCUCAAGUCAUUUGUCAGGCUCUGUUGUGUGUGGACACUGUGGUGUCUCAGACGUGUGCAGAUCAGUUGCUGCUGGCUGCUCUGGAGUUCCUCUCCUCGCUGGGGAAGAUCUUUGUCCCCGCUGACAGCCAGAAUCAGAUUCUGCCGAAGCUGAGUCGCCUGUUUGGACUCCUGUUGGCUGACGGAUCCUGGCUGCUACAUCAACACGCCCUGGAGGCCUUUUCUCAUUUUGCAGAGAUUACAAACCAUGAAGAGGUAAUCUCCCACAGUUUGUGCGUAGAAGAUACCAAGGCGAAGGUGGUGAACUAUCUCAGCAAGAGCGUUAAUGCUCGGGAAGAUGUGGCGUCACGGCUCCAGAGGCUCAAGAUGGAGACGGAAGUUAUUGAGCAACACAAUGAGAGGCUGGAGAACAACAAAGGAAAUGCUUCUGACAAACCGGCUGCUGAAGCUUCAGAGCCGUGCCCAAAGAGAGCUCGGCAGGAGUCCAGUGCAGAGGAGGAGUACAGCCGCCACAUCCAGACAGCUGAGAGUGCUUUGAAAGCCCUGCAGGCUCUCACUGAAAGUAACGCCAGCGCACCGCCUCCACAGUGGCUGGAACCCAGACUACAGGAGCUCCAGACCCUCAUCACCCACAUCAGUACAGACAGACACACCACCUAGCCCCAGAUGCAUCUACGUCAUGUAUAGAAAAACUAUUUACCCCGAGUCUGUAACCGUUGCUGCUCCUGAAAAGCCUUUAUUCACUUUUUAAACCCGUCUGUGGUCACUUUUGAUUGAUAUUGUUUAUUAAACUUAUUUGAAUGCAAA